CCCCUCAAGAAGUGUUUAGGUUGGAGCAACACUGAGCAUCUCUGCCUGGAAGGCUCUUCCUGCAGAGGGCCUGUGCUGCCUCUGAGAAGCCCUUCUGGGUCCCCCACACUCACAGUGGAAGCAGCGGGUGGCAGAUGGAACCUGGUUUGGGAAACACUGGUUUGAAGGUGGGCUUCUUCCCAGGGGGACUCUUUCUAGUGCAGUGCCCUGCUGCCUGAUAGAGGACAUGCUGAGAUGGUCGCUGGUGCCAGCCGAGCCUGCCUCUGUCCCCUCAUUUGGCAAUGCCUGGUGGCCCUGGCCUGCCACGCCAUGCUUGGUUCUAGAGGACAGUGGGCAGCUGCAGCCUCAUGUGGACGUCCUCCUGCUCUGAGGACUGCCCGUGGGCACAGAGUGUGUGCCCACAGCAUGUCCAGCCCCUCUCUCCCUAAACAAGGAGCUGUGGGGACCGGCAGUGUGGCCCUGUGGCUGCUUCUGGUACUUGCUUUGUUAGGAUGGGAAGGCUCUGCAGUGGGGUGGUGAGGGGCUCUGCUCCCUCCCUUCUCACAGAACAGGGAGCUGUCUGAGAGCAGACCGCAGGCACAGGUUGCAUGUUACUCCUCCCUGGAGCAGGAGCCCAGCGGCCCCUCCUGGGUCCAGGGUCUCUCUGUGGCCAGUGCUUUCUGUCUGCGUUUCUGCAGGACCUGCAGCGUGCUCCGUCUCCUGCCCAGGACCCCUGCCCGCCUAAACCUCCCCGGGCUCAUGAGCUGAAGCUCCUAGUGAAGAGCAUCCGAGCCUCGCUGCUGAACGGUCCAGGCGCUUCAGGUAGCACUAACGUGGUGUGCAGGGCACAGCUGAACGAUCCGGUUCAGAGGUUCUCCAGCACCCUAGCGAAAAACACUAGUGACCUCACUUGGGAAGAAGAAUUCACCUUCGAGUUGAAUGCCAAGUCAAAGGAGUUACAUCUGCAGAUUUCGGAGGUGGAGUCAGAAGGUCUGUUGGCGGUGGCGACGAUUCCUUUAGAUUUAUUUAAGAAGCAGCCUUCUGGACCACAGAGCUUCACCCUGAGCAGCGGGCCGGCCUCUGGCAGCUCAGUGCUGGGUUCCAUCACAGCAGAGUUCUCUUACAUAGAACCCAGUGAACAGAAGUCCUGGCAGGCUCCCCCCUCUGCCCCCGCAGCGAAGAUAGGGAAGGACCGCACCGUGAUGCCCUGUGGGACCAUAGUCACUACCGUCACUGCCGUGAAGACCAAGCCUCGCUUCGACAUGGGGAGAGCAUCCCCACCGAGCUCAGAGUCUCCUGUGAAGACACCUGUGAAGGUGCAGGUGAUCGAGAAGGACAUCUCUGUCCAAGCCAUCGCCUGCCAGGGUGCUCCGGUCAGCAAGACGCUGUCCUCCUCAGACACAGAACUGCUGGUGCUGAACGGCUCAGACCCGGUGGCUGAGGUGGCCAUUCGACAGCUCAGUGAGUCUUCAAAGCUGCAACUCAAGUCUCCUCGAAAGAAAAGUACGAUCAUCAUAUCAGGCAUCUCCAAGACCUCACUCUCUCAGGACCACAGUGCUGCCCUGAUGCACGACUAUGCAGCCUCCAUGGACAACGCCGACCAGGAGGACACCUCGGCCCACCUGGAUGUGGCCACGGCCUCUGCCCUGCCUGAGGAAGACGAGCCAGCCCAGGCCCCACAGGCCCUCGAGCCCCAGGAGAGUGAACUGUACUCCUGGGACCUGGAGAAGGAGCCUCAGGCAGCAUGGAGCGGCCCCACCCCACUGGACCCCGAUGGGGACGAGCUGUCGGAGAGCUCCCUGAGCGCCUCAGAGCCGGGUGCUGCCAAGAAGCGUAAAGGAGGAAUCCUAGGGAAAAGCGCCAAGCUCUUCUUCCGCCGGAGGCAUCAGCAGAAAGACCCAGGCAUGAGCCAGUCCCACAAUGACCUCGUGUUCCUGCAGCAACCGGAGGGGGCCCGGAGGAAGCGGGGGACCUUCACCAGGAUCCUGAACAAGAAGCUGCUCUCCAGGCACAGAAGCAAGAGCACCAUGAAUGGGGCGCCCUCAAGCCCCACACAGAGCCCCAAGCUUGGCACCUCCUUGGAGCCAGAAGACGUGGACCCCCAUUAACUACCCCCACCAGCGCCAAGCUAGAGUGGCGCUAGCUGUCAGAUGUCCACCUGUCGUGCUGGGUUUUAAGUCUUUUAAGGGGAAAAAAAAAUCUUCAGUCUCCAGCCAGGAGGCUUCCUGCAGAGAAAACUGAAAAAGCCCAUUUUGCCACCAGAUGCCAAAUGAGACCAAAUAGCCCCACAACUUGGGCUUUAUUUAAGAGCUCAAGCUGAACAUUAAAAGGGAGUUACACAGAAUAAAGUAAUGUGCUCUAAUGCACCGUGGCGGGCAGGUUUGGGGUACCUGCUUUGCAUGCUGACAAAUGUUUUGGGUCCUUGCCUGGACCAUGUCACAAAGAGGAGGUGCCUGGCUGUGCUGUCACUGUGAAUGGGCUGGAUGGGUCACCUCUCCUAAUUUGCUGCUUGGAAUAAAAAGCGCAGCUGGCCCUGAGUGCAGGGAGGGUGGGACAUGGGCCGUUUUUUUUUUUUUUGAUAAAUAGAGCAAUUAUGCUAGGAAUGGAGAUGCUAGGGCAAGUGUAUGCAGACAUUUGCCUCUGAUGCUAGCCAUAGGACUUGAACACGUAUGCAAACACUGCAUGUAUCCUAUGCAUAUAUAUCAUGCUGAACACUUUUCUAAGUUUACUUUGAGCCUACCUGCAAGUGGAAGAUCAUUAAUUCUUAUGUGGUUUUUAUAUUCUUGUCUAUCAUGUCAGAAGCCCUCACACCACGACUGGGACAAUUUGACACCCAGAUUUGUCAUUUUUUUCCUGUCUGUCACACUUGCUAAACACGAACACAGCCAGCCUGUCAAGUGAAAGUGGGAGCAGUAAGAGAGCUCAGGGAACCUGGGAACACACACACAGUUUCUGCCAAACACCGCUGAAAGCCAACACUGAGAGCUUUUAGGGCAAUCGAGAAAAUUAUUUUGUGUCUCGGUUGUCAGUCUUAGGAAGAGAAGUUUAAUAACAAAUGGCAGCUUGGCACCCAUAACACAGCGGUUAUGGCUCCAGCUACAUAAACCGAGGCCGGUGGGUUCAAACCCAGCCCGGGCUUGCUAAACAAGAGUGACAAGUUAACAACAAAAAUAAUAGCUGGGCAUGUGGCAGGUGCUUGUAGCCCCAGCUACUUGGAGGCUCAGGCAAGAGAAUCACUUAAGCCCAAGUGUUUGAGGUUGCUGUGAGCUGUGACGCUACAGCACUCUACCGAGGGCCACAUAGUGAGACUGUCCCCCCAUCCCCCUCAAAAGGCCAAAUGUGCAUGAAAUUCCUUUUCUGAGUUCUGCAGAAUUUUGCUGUGAACAGUGCUCUUGGACACAUUUUGGGGUGCCCUGGUCUUGGUUUCCAGGGAAGAAACGAUCCUUGGCCCCCGUGUAGGCCUCAUUCGGCUGCUUCUCUACUCAGGCUCACCUACCUUCUCACCCUGGCUCCCCUGUCACAUGUGCCCCUCCCAGCAGGUGUGCUGUUGACAAGCAGUUGUCACUGGGGCGAAACGUUUUGACAAUGAGAUUCAUUCUCCUCCAAUGAGAUUUCAGAGGCUAUUAUGAAAACCUGACCUCUGUCAUGUUUAUGAAAUCAGGUGAGGGCCUUUCCCCAGGCUCUUUGUUAAUCUUUGAACAUUAAGUGUUUCAGGGGUAAUAGAGCCAUGGAUGAACUAAAAUCUAUAUAAAAAACAAAAUUACAGAAUUCUUUUUUUUCUUGACGGAGAUUUGAAAAAUAUACUAUGCAUUUCACUUUAAAAUGCAUGUAAAAACUUAGGUAUUCCAGGAAUUAUCAAGUGACUUUCAAAUGAGCUUUUCACUAUACUUUUUUUUUUUUUUUUUGAGACAAGAGUCUCCCUGUGUUGCCCUCGGUAGAGUGCUGUGGUGCUCUGGUACAUUUAUUCAUUCUGGUACAAUGGUACAUUCCUCAAACUUCUGGGCCCAAGCAAUUCUCUUGCUUCAGCCUCCCAAGUAGCUGGGACUACGAGGCACCCGCCACAAUGCCCGGCUAUUUUUUAUUGCAGUUGUCAUUAUUGGUUAGCUGGCCCAGGCUGGAUGUGAAUCCACCACCCUUGGUGUAUGUGGCUGGCGCCGUAACCACUGUGCUAUGGGCGCUGAGCCCACUCUACCUUGUUUUUAAAAAUUAUGUUCCAGUUUUACUCAUUGAAAAAUAGUACCUGGAGUUUUGAACUAUAUUAAUACCACCAAGUUAGCCCACCGAGCUAGUCAUCACUAGCGUCUUUUGGGAUGGAAGGUCACUCUAAUAUCUUGUUCUACUUGAAGUGUUCCUGCUGUUGGUAGUAUGAUAGAAACUACGACAGGAUGUUACGUGUCAGAAUUUCAGACACUGAUCGGAUGUUUAUCAUGGUGUUUGUUUGAUUUUGAAACUCAGGUAGAUUCAAUUUAUUCCACCUGUGAACGUACCAGAAUUUUAGAUUAAGAUUUCUCCCUCUAAAAAAAGUGUUUUUCACCAUCCCCUUCCCAGGUUAACCCCAUGAACAUCUGUUCACCGAUUAGCACCUGUGUCUAGGCCUCUGCUUCCUGUAGACACACUCACUUCUGUCUUACAGCCUUUUCUGAAGUCGUUGAAAACACUCCUGUGUCAGGGAGUCUCCAGGAAAUGAAAUGUGUCCCGUAGCACUGUGAGAAAGGGGCUGUAUCGAUACUGUGAAUGUUUCUUUUCCAGCUGUUUAUCCAGGUUUCUUUUUUCAUGAUGUAGGGUAUUUAUGUUAAAGUACAUGUUGUUAAAUUGGUUAAAGCUGGAUUAAGAUUAUAUACCAAAUGCUAAAGAUGCUAACGUGUAAAUCACCUUGGUUCCCUCAUGUCUCCUGCAAGCUUUAGUGGCUGCAGGGCUUUUGUUUCUGGUUUUUGUCUUGAUGAAAUUUUUGCAGAAUGGUAUUUUAGAAGUGAUUCCUCAUGAACACUAAUAUUGACAUGUGUCUGUUUCUCUUGAGCCAGGUGCUCAAGUUCCUUUUAAACCCUUCCCUUUGCAUCAAGGAUGUGCCCUGCUCUUGGUGGAGGAAUGCAAAUAGCUUUAAGUGUGAGUGUGCAGACUUGUUAAUGUAGCAAUAACAAAACCUCCUGUCAGUUGAAGACCUGCAGGGAGAAAGAGUUUCAACACAGCACUUUAUUUUCAUCAAGUUCCAAGUUUAAGUCGAAAACCAGCCCUCAAAGCCUCCUGACUGCUGCCUGGCCAGUCUCCAGCUGAUGACAAAUUAGGUGCCAUCGAGAUGUUUGCUUGGCUUUUACUGGCCACAUCUAUGGAAGACAGUUGUGAAUUUUCUUUUUGAGCAGAAAGGGAAAGAUUGAUAUUGCUGCCAACCAAAGUGAGUGUUUUCUAGGUAAAAAUCUCAAGGUUUUCAGUCUGGAAAUCUCAGAGUACCAGUUGGUUGAUGUUGGAAGUCAGAACAUUUGUCCUAUCGGGUAGAAAACAAGUCUCAGUGCUGGCCUACAUUGGUAUCUGCACUGCCCCAAACUGGCACAGAAGUGAUUACCAAAGCAGCCAGGGUCCGGGCAAGGCCACGCUUGCAUCCUGUGAAGCAAACUCAGGUUACCUUUGGUUCACGACCUUCCAUGUUCUUCUUUUACGACUAACGAGGCAUUGCCCAGUUCCCUCAGCUAACAUUUGGUCAGUCAUGUACCAUUCAUAAUUUAGGCUUGUAGUUUGUUUUUCCCCCGAUGUUAUGUCAAACCUACAUUUUGAAAAGAGAAGAAAAUAAAAGGUUUUCCAGGUCUGUGGGAAGGACUGGCCUGUGCUAGUGUGGUGCUUUUACGUGACAGUCACGUACUCCCCUGGUAGCACUUUACAACAGAAGCCGGCCCUGCUCCGGGCCCUCACACUUGGCUUUGGACAGGUUCCCUCAGAGAAGAUGUGGCUGGAACAGGAACAAUCUUUGAAAGAAAUAAAUGUGUACACUACACACUGAGUUG